ACGAUCCGCGAUUGUUGAUCGUUUCAUGCGGCAGCGGCAUUGUUCCGCGACAUCGGAACAUUCGGAGAGAUUCGGAGCACGGAGAUUCGCGUGAAUCGCGUGACGACGAGCGACGCGAGAAGGGAGCGAGAGGAGAUAUCGCCAGGGUGUAAAUCGCGGCCUGGUGCUCUCGUAGGUAAUUCCGAACAGCGCGGAAGGACGCGGGGCCCCCGACGUUGCGACGGCAUCCCAAAAUAUGAAAUCGCCCCGCGGCCACGAUUGAUAUUCGACCUCCCCCCCCCUCUCUCUCUAUUUUAUUCCUAUUCUCUGCUUCUAUCUUUCUCUCUUGUUCGUUUUUCGCACGAGGAAGCGGAAGAAACGGACUUAAGAGCGUAUUGCUGAGGAAGCGGACGCGAAUCGACGCGAUAACACGGCUCCGUGCUCCGUCGCUCGUCACCGUCUCUAUUCGCAGUCGUCGAGCAGUUGCGAGAGUGCACGUCGAGCACGUACGAGAGUGGGUACCGUGAGGACGCGCGUUCUCGUUGCGUACGCACACGCGACGGAGCACGGAGCAGAGGGAAAGUGUGCGCUGUGGAUCGCGUCGCGUCGCGUCGCACUGUGCUGUGCUGUGCUGUGUCUUGUCGUGCCGUGCCGUGGCGAUCCUCCCGAGCCUCCUCGUUCGGAUACUGCCCAGCCAUGAUAGCUACCGCGAGCGCGUCUCCGGCGCGACGCGCGAGGCACGUCACCGCACCGCUCUAGCUCUAGGAGCCCGACCGACCGCAAGAUGCGAGAGGUCCGUUCUCGGGAGAGCAUCUUCGCGUGAAAGUCAGCGUCGCAGAAUGGUGGUGGACUACUGCUUGUCGAUUCAAGCCUCAGCAACUGCAGUAAGAAAGCAGGAGCGAAGGUUAGGUGGCACUGUGGGUGCAAAGAUGCAACCCAACACUGGUGGAGGAUGUGGAAUGACACCCAAAGAGCUCUCCGACAAUGACGACUUGGCUACAUCCCUCGUGCUGGAUCCCUAUCUAGGAUUUACCACUCAUAAGAUGAAUAUCAGAUACAGGCCGUUAAAGGCGAAUAAGGACGAGCUUCGAAAAAUCAUCUGUGAAUUUAUCCAAACUCAAAAUUAUGAAAAGGCAUACAAAAAAUUGAUGGGUGGUGACUGGGGUGCGCGGCUUCCCCACACAAAAUCUAAACAACAGCAAAUCAAUCUAGAGAAUCACAUUAAGCGAUACCUGCGAGUUUUUGAUAAGGAUUCCGGUUUUGCCAUCGAGGCAUGCUACAGAUACAGCUUAGAGGGACAAAAGGGUGCCAAGAUAUGCGCUACCCGAAAAUGGAUGAAGCACGACAAAAUUUCCUGUCUCGUCGGUUGCAUAGCAGAGCUCAGUGAAAAGGAAGAAGCUGCGUUGCUACAUCCUGGGAAAAAUGACUUCUCUGUGAUGUUUAGUUGUCGAAAGAAUUGCGCUCAAUUAUGGUUGGGACCGGCGGCAUAUAUAAACCAUGACUGUAGAGCGAACUGCAAGUUUGUGGCGACGGGAAGGGACACGGCGUGUGUUAAGGUGUUGCGCGAUAUCGAGAUAGGUGAAGAAAUCACCUGCUUCUACGGAGAAGAUUUCUUUGGUGAUAGCAACUGUUACUGCGAGUGUGAGACUUGCGAGAGGCGAAGAACCGGUGCUUUUGCGAGCCAGAAGCCGGGCGAGGAGUUAUCGUCUGGUUAUCGUUUGAGAGAAACAGACAAUCGAAUCAAUCGAACCAAGCAUCGACAGCAGCCAUUGAACAGGAAUAAGCAGCAAGCCGAUACCGCUCUCACCGAGCGAAACACGGUUCUUGUCGGAAAUGCGGCAGUCGCGCCGCAGUCACUCAGUAUGAAAGAGUUGCGGCGCAAAGGGCUCACAAAGUAUGAUGCCGAGCUGCUGAUCGCGCAAGGCUGUCGUUUCUCGGAUAUCAAUCAGCAGCAGCCGGUGAUCAAUAACGGCGAGAAUGUGCUACAAACUCGAGCUCAUCCUUCCAUGAUCACAACUUCCGUCACGAGGAGUCUCCGUAACAAACAAAUGUGCAAGUUCGACAGCAAUUCUGGUGACGGAAACACCAUCAAGAAUACUCAGUCGCUCAGAGCGUCCAGACUUCACAAGAGAACGGAGUCAAAGAAAGGGAAAGUCGGUAUAAAGUCUGCAUCGUCCUGUCUUAGUAAUCCCAUUGUGAAAGACACGGAAGUGGUAGAUAUCGGUCAUCGAAAGGAAGACUCUGAUAGAGUACCAGUGCACAAGGAGAAUUUGUAUUCGCGACUGCAAAAGCAUCAUCUGCCGAACGCAUCGCAGGUAGAUCGCGAUUUCUGCGUGAAACAAUCACGGCAGCGUACCGUGGUAAAGGAAUCAAACGAGGACGCCUGUCCGCUGCGACUGAUGGAGGUUCAAAACCUCGGUGAAUCGAACGGUGAUAACGACCCGGUGGAAGACGAACGGGGAAUACCGAAUCUCACCGCAGAGGUCGAGCCUGAGACAGUAGAUAACGUUAAUUCUUCCAAUUACAAAAAGGGACAUUAUAGUACAAACGCCUGUGAUUCAAUCCGAUUAAGUUCCACGUCUCAAAUCCAUGUACAACAACGCUUACAUACCGUAGAAUUGAUUCCCGAGGAUACGAAUUGUCGUUCGAGGGACUACCAUCAUUCUUCAUCGCCCGUUCGGCAUAAGGAAGGCAUGAACGAUCCUUGUGACGUGGCUGAACAGGUGAAUUGCGUUAACAAACGUUCUAAAUCCCAUGGUAAGCGACUUUCUUCGACGGACGAGCGAGACGAUCGCAAGACGCCGAACGAGGAGUCGUCUUAUGAAUUUGAAGAUGACGAUUUGUCGGUUGAGGAAAAGAAAAGGCUAACGUUGCAGGCUGAUUUCCGAGAGAGUGACAUUUUACACGAAACGAGCUCUCGGUCGGAUGACGAAUGUUACGAUUUAAACUCCGCGAAAGUAAUCGUGGUGCAAAAGUAUGAUAUAGAAAAGGAAGUGGAGAGUGAAGGCUCCGAGAGUCCGAUCGCCAUCGACGCAUCGGUGGCGAGUCGCUCAAACAGUGUAGAGUUUUGUGGAUUGAACUCUGAAGGAAUUUUAGAGACAGAAGCUAAUACCGAAAACGUUUUAAAAUGUUAUACAGUUUUGAACCAGGAGGAAGAAGAGAAUAUUGUGACGAAAAGUGAUGCGUAUGUCGAGCCUGACGUAAAAUCCGGGAUGACGAUGUUAUGCGCGACGGAAAUGGACUCCAGAAUAAAUGUUACGGAAGGAAAUAACGCGACGGUCUUUAGUAACAUACAGAUUACGAACUAUCAUAACGAUAUAGCUGGUCACACGAAUUUGGAGGAUCCCGCGUUAAAGAGAUCUAGACGAAAAGAUCUCGCUUUAGACGCGUGUUUGAAGUCGUCUCGCAAGUUGCAAAAGAGGCUCUCGAGCGCCAAGUCCAAGUUUGGAAUUUUAAUGGAAGGUGGGAGGGAAGAUUCAAAGGGUCAUGGCAAGAGGAAGAACAAGAACAAAUCUACAAAGAGUCAGAGGAGAGAUCGGCAGAGAUCGGCGACAGCCGAGAUAGGGGAGGCUGAUGACGAUUCAGGCAUCCAGGGCGAUAUCUAUGAGUUUAGUGAGAAAGAGAGCAAUCUGGAAGAUAUUGGCAUAUUGAUAAGACGCGGCAAACACGAAUCUCGCCACGCAUCUUCCUCCUCAAUAGUGGUGUCACCGGUACAGGAGAUGCAAUGCAAUGACGAGUACAAUAAAGCCGAACCGCCAGUGCUGAUCCCGGAGGAACCGUGGCCUCCAUCCGUGGCUCAGAGUGAAUCUGGCGCGGAAUCCAAUAGUGGUCUUCAGACGAGAGGAAACUGUGAUGUCGAAAGGAGUUUGGAGCGAUUGACAGCUUAUGAAAAUAAUGGCAGUACGCGAAAAUCAAGCACAACCUCGUCCGAGUGCCAAUGGCGAACGAGCAAUUCGAGCGAUUGUCGAGUUUGCCCUGUCACACCGGAGAGGACCGGUGGACUGAAGCUGACCUUGCGCAUGAAACGGUCGCCGGUGCUAGACGAUAUCGUAGAGUCUGGCACCAGCGGCCUGAGUGAGGACAGCUACGAGCCAGAGUAUGAGGUGUUGCGCGUCGAGGGACUGGAGAGGCGCAAACGCCGAAAGAAGCACAAGAGCAGGGAUCGCGAGAGACGGCAUAAGAAAUCGCGCGAAUUGAACCUCGACCCGCCGCCACCGCCCAUGAAAAGAUUACGCUUGAUUCUCGGCAACGAGACACGCACCAUCGAUUUAACGCACUCUUAACAGCUAUAAUACCACCUGCCUCCGUUCCCUCGACUUGUCCCCUCCCCCUCAUCGUCAUGACGCGCGUAUGAUAUCGAUUUCAUUAUAAUACAUAUAGACUAUCUUUUUAAUUAACGUAAUUAAAAACGAAAAAUCCAGAAAGUUAGGCCUCCUCGUCCUAUGACAUGUGACAGCGAGUUCAUAUCGAACUUGAAGAUACUUUUCACAGAUUAAACUUGAUUUAGUGAUAGAACAAGCAUUGCUACAGUUUCUCCCUAUCUCUCUCAUUCUUUUUCAUCUCUCUGUCUCUAUCUCUCUUGUAGUUUCCAUUAUUUAAAUCUUUUAACAGUUAUAUGUCUUAUUCUUGUAAUAACAACGAAUCUCUGAGGGCCUAUGGAGAUGUCGUAAGUGACAAAACGCGUAGGUGGAAGAAGUUUUAGCUCAUGCACGUAAAUGUUUCUCCCAUGUAGAGUCAAAUACCGCGUACAAAUCAGAGCUAUAGUACGUGAAUACUUAUCCGUGAAUACUAAGCCUCGUAUAGUUUCAUAGAGAUUAAUGAAGUGCUUUAGCUAUACUGAAGAAAUAAUUCCACUUAAUAAUUUAAUUAGAGCCAAGUUAAACAUAUAAUUUUGGGAAAAUUUUCCAUUUUUAAUAUGGGCGUACCUAGGAUUUCAAUAAAAAAGGGCCAAAAUUCAUCUUCAUACAAAAUUGAUUGAUUCUUAUAUUGAGGUUAAGUUUUCUUUAGCGAACUUUCUUAAUACUUCCCCAGAUAUCAAGUUUCUCGCAUGUUGCUAUCAAUUUGAUAAAAAUGCGUUGCUAAGUUGUCAUCUUUUUUGAGGAAAGCGGCUUCCGAUUCUGUUUAAGAUAUUGCCAGCAACGCAUACCGUGUAUGCAACUUUAUACCAAAUUACUGGAAAUUUUAUAUUAAUAAGUUCUAUACCCUGUUUCUCUUCAGUUGCCUGGGAAACAGUUUCCUUUUUGUUGCUUUUAGGUUGCUCUAUACGAAGGGAUUAACAUCUUCAUUAUAUCUUCACUAUAGCAACGUGAUUGCAACCAAACGAAAAUUUGUAGUAAAUAUAUAUUUCUCUUUAUGUGCCAGGAAUGCAUUGCUAUCUGGGUCUUUUUUAUCGCUAGCACCAUUUUUCUACGUACACUUAGUAUGCAUAGUUUGUUGACGCAAUUUUCUAAUUGUUAACAGCAAUUAGAUUUUCAGCCUUUGCAAUGUACUGAAAGACUUUUUAAUGGUACUCAUUGUACACAAUGGUAUUCUUUGAGCUAAGGAAAUGGGCAGGGCAUGCAGGAAGAAAGUUUCAAUUUCUUCUAAUAUCUCUGUUAGUUCCAAUAUUUUUUAAAGUAAGUUUUUCUCUUUUAAAGUUUAAUCCUUCUUUGGGAAUAAAACGUUGGCCAAGGAGUAUUUAUUUUUUCAUAAAAAUCAUUUUAAUUUAAUUUUCUCCUCGCCAAAAUUUAGGGAAAGGGUGGCAAACAUUCCUCCCUGCCUCUCCUUUGCGUACGCUCAUAAUUCUUAAUAUCGGAUCACAUUUAAUUUUCAAAAAGCCUUACUCUUUUCUUUUCACAUUUUUUUUCUCUAACUAACCAUUUGGACAAACUAUAUUGUAUAUGCAAGAUUGUAUCGAUCUUGGACUUCGUGAGAUAAACGUAGUCAAAUUAAAUCUUACAAAUUGUAUUUUAGUUUCGAAUCGCUACUUUCCAAAGUAUUUCAGAACGGAGAAGGACGAAGGAGGAGGAUCCCUAUACUUAUACUAUGUAUAAUAAUAAUAAUCUAAUUGAUUAAAAAAGAUUUAGCUAAAUAUUAGGUAGCACUUAUAAUCGCUAUUCUCGAACGAAGGGUCAAAAAUAUCAUGUGGAGAACAUUGUAAAUAGUGCUUAUACAUAUAUUAUAAGAAGUUUAUAUAUAUAUAUAUUAACGUAUAUAUAUAUACAAAUAUAAAUAUAUAUAUAUACACAUAUAUAUAUAUAUAUAUAUAUAUAUAUAUAUAUAUAUAUAUUCUGAUUUUUGGUGUAUUACAAUGUCUUUCAAUGCGAAUCGCAGGCAGGCACCGCAUUGCAUAUACCAUUGUAUACGGAAUACACCGGUCACACGAUACUGUAGUAAUAAAAUAUUAUAAGAAAGAGGGUUUCAUUCGCGGCAACGUUUUCGUUAUAUAACACGCCGUUAGAAUAUCAGAAUCCACAUCGCAAAUGAGGGGAUGAAACGCGCCCUUGCGCAUGAGAUCAUCUGUUUCACAUUACUUUUGUUACAGACGAAACUGCGAUACAUAAGAAUUGGAAAAAUAAAACUUGUGUUGUUUAAAAUUUUUUCGAUAUCAAAUUAAAAAUUUAUUUGAUGUACAAUUUUAUUCUGCAUCAAAUAAAUUAUCAAGUUUUUUUUUCUAAUUUAAUAACGAAAAAAUGCAGAAUACGAGUUUUAUUUUUGUCAAGUUGAAAAGAUAAUAAUAUCGCAUUCAAAAGUUUCACUAACGAGAUUUUUUCACAGGGUAAUUUAAUCGAAAUUGAUCUCCAGUGUUUAAAAAAAAUUGAAAAAACAAUAUUACUUUAUGUCUAAUUUGAUUUCUUACUUUAUUGGAACACUUAUUUGGUAGAAAUCAUUGAAAUUUUCAAAAUCUGAAAUGUGAUAUUGCGUAAUUUGGAAGAUGUCCCAUAUAAAGUAAAAGAGCGACGCACACGACGACACUUGUUUAUUAUAUUCUGAGAUUUAAAAUGCCGAUUUUAUUUGAUGAAUGGGCCGUUACUGUUCAACGCCGAUCAUAGUUGUUUUUAAUAUAAAAAUUGUUUUUAAUAUAAGAAUAAGCGUUUAACAAAUAAUAAAAGAGAAAAUUCUUGUUACGUAUCAAGCGAACUAUAGAGAAUCACGAGAAACGAUUUUCUAUUGUGUCAUAUAGCGAUGAAAAACUGCAAAGAAUACAAUAGGUAUUGUGCGGUUCAUUGAUUUUUGUUCUAGAGAAAAUUGCUUGAGUGUAAAACACACAGUGGUAUAGAAAAAUUAUUUGUAUAUUGAUUGUACAUUGAAUUGUACAUUUAAUGAUAACUGAUUAGUCGGACAAAGAUAAUGAAAGUGCGGGAAAAUUAAAUUAAUUUUAAUCAAUAUUGACCAUAUAAAUGGCUUUUUUAAUUAAUGUGUAUUAUUUCACUAAAUUUCUGAAUGAACAAUUCUCAUUGAAUAUAGUUUUUUUCUUAAGAAAAAAAGACUAUACAGUUAUAAUGUUCAUAGAUCUUAAAAAAGAGAUAUUAAUCUCUCUCUUACUCCUUUUUCCUCUAUACAUUUUAUAUAAAUAUAUCUGAAAAAUAAAUUCUAAAAAAAUAAAUCCAUUAAAUCACAAUUUUUUAAUGAUCCUUGUAAUUUUAAUAAUCCUUUGUUAACGUUGCGUGAUCAUAACGGCCCAUUUCGAGAUAUUUUCUACGAAAUACGCCCGAGAGAAGAUUUUCACUCGAUUUUCCCUUUUACUCACUAUUUGCAGAUGAUUAUGCGAGUCAUUACGUGAUCGACUCAAAAUGGUUUUUUUUUUUACAAGAGAAGAGAAAGAAAAAAGGAAACGGAUAUCCCGGAUAUAUAGAAAUUUCUAGAAACGCUCUUUUUUUAUGCACAACAAAAGUUUUGCGUCGUAACAUUUAGUUCUCGAACCACAGCAAUACAUCAUUGUGUUUGAGUUUUUCCUUUUAAUUCGUCGCAUGCGACGCUUUCUCCCCUAUUCGUUAUCGGCAGAAUUUUUGUCUCACUGCCAUUAGGAGAAUGAUGUUAAUUCGUACGUUUCGAUUAAUCGCUCGUGAGAGUAAGAAGGAUAAGAAAAUUGCAAGUUGCACCCCUCUGUGCUGCAAACGAUCAUUGUUAUAGACAAAUUUCGUGUAUGUAUCGAGGAGGAUGAUAUUUUGUUUCUCCUCCGAGAGCCGCGCGACGAAGAAGAAAGAAGAAGGAGGAAAGCGAAUUUCUUUUCUUUCGUAGAAAACUCACGGCCGCCCGUGGCGCGUACAUUGUAAUUAUACAUAAUACCUUAUUUGUUGAGCAACAAAUAUAUAGAAAUGUACAUUGUCAUUAUUAUUUUCUACGGAUUAAGGAACCAUAAUAAAUGAAGCGCAUAAACGUAA